AUGGAGUCAUCGGGCUCAUUUGGAGUGAUCCUUGCUGUCCUGGCCUUCCUCAUUAUUGCUGUGAAUGCACUAGUGGCUGUGGCUGUGCUGCUGUCAAUUCACAAGAACGAUGGUGUUGGUCUCUGCUUCACUUUGAAUCUGGCUGUGGCUGACAUCUUGAUUGGCGUGGCUAUCUCGGGCCUCGUCACAGACCAGCUCUUCAACUCUGCUCAGCCCACACAGAAGACCCUAUGCAGCCUUCGAAUGGCAUUUGUCACUUCUUCUGCAGCUGCCUCUGUGCUCACGGUCAUGCUGAUUGCCUUCGACAGGUAUCUUGCCAUUAAGCAGCCCCUGCGCUACUUUCAGAUCAUGAAUGGGCUCAUGGCUGGGGCCUGCCUUGCCGGCCUGUGGUUGCUGGCUUACCUCAUUGGCUUCCUCCCACUCGGAGUCUCCAUAUUCCAGCAAACCAGCUACCACAGGGUCUGUACUUUCUUUGCUGUAUUUCACCCGCGAUUUGUGCUGAUCCUCUCCUGCGCUGGCUUCUUCCCAGCCAUGCUCCUCUUUGUCUUCUUCUACUGCGACAUGCUGAAGAUUGCCUCCGGGCACACCCAGCAGAUCCGAAAGAUGGAACAUGCAGGAGCCACGCUGGGAGCUUACCGGCCCCCACGGUGUCCCAGCGACUUCAAGGCUAUCCGCACUGUGUCUGUUCUCAUCGGGAGCUUCACUCUAUCCUGGUCCCCUUUCCUUAUCACUAACAUUGUGCAGGCGGCCUGCCAGGAGUGCACCCUCUACCCACUGCUGGAAAAGUAUCUGUGGCUGCUUGGUGUAGGCAACUCCCUGCUCAACCCACUCAUCUAUGCCUAUCGGCAGAAGGAAGUGCGGCAGCAGCUCUACCACAUGGGCCUGGGAGUGAAGAAGGGGCUCACUUCUUUCCUCCUUCUCUUCUCAGCCAGGAAUGGUGGUGAAGAGAGGCCCAGGGAAAGUUCCUGUCACAUUGUCACCAUCUCCCACUCAGAGCUUGAUGGCUAA